AUGUCCAUAAAGAAGAAAGACGAGACCUUUGAGGAUCCUGCAUUGAGCAUGGUGAGAAUGCAAGUUUAUCUGAAUCCUUUGAACAAUAUGCCUGUCUUUAUCCAUUAUAUGGCUAUCUUCAUUGUUAUCUUUUAUUUGGUGUUUCUGGCACUUGCAGAAACAAAAAUAGACAUAUAUGUCAGCGCAAUGUGGGACGACAUCAAAGACAAUAAUAGCAAACGAUUUGUUGAUGACACUCAAUCUCUAAUUGAACGUCUAAAGUUAGAAAACACUAUUCUUGUUGAUACAAUGCCAAGACCAAAAGAAGCAAGCACUAACAGUAUGAAUAAUUACUUGAAGCUACUUCUUGAUGAAUUGCUCAAACUAUACAAUGGUGUGAAAUUGUCUGAUAAUAGCAAUGAAAAUAUAACUAUCUGUGCUAUUACUAUGAUACCCAAGACCACCCAGGUAGACUUCUCUGGAUUUGAAUAUUCCACACGGACCAAACGUACAAAGGCCGGAAAUCUGGAUUAUGCCAAUAAGUGGAAGGAAGCCAAAAAUGCAGCUGAGCGUACCCGACUUGAAAGAAGCAAUGGCACUUGA